UCGGCGAGGAGCUGGAGCGCAUCGCCGGCAGCGUCCUCGCGGUUGGGAGCCGGCACCCGUGACGUCAGCCCUCCCGAUUGGUCCCCUGGCGGCAGCACAUGCUCAGGACAUCUAUAUAAAGACGUCCCCGGCCUCCCCCCUCCCCUGCAGCUGCUCUUCCCAAAGCCUCUCUCUCUUGGUCGUCAGCCGGGACAGCUCCAUCCAAACGCAGCGCAAUGGCGAACCCAGAGGCUUUCUUGGGCAGGUGGCGCUUGGUCUCCAGCGACGGCUUUGAGGAGUAUAUGAAGCAGUUGGGUGUGGGCGUGGCCAUGAGGAAGAUGGGGAGCAUGGCAAAGCCAGACGUUAUCAUCACUAAAGAUGGAGACACAUUCCAUGUGAAAACAGAAAGCACAUUCAAAACAUCAGAAUUCAGUUUCAAAUUGGGCGAGAAGUUCAAUGAGGAGACGCUAGAUGGCCGAAAAACUCAGACCCUUAUCACCUUAGAUGAUAAUAAUGUAUUGACCCAGCACCAGGAAUGGGAUGGCAAAGAAACCACGAUAACCAGAAAGAUAGUAGAUGGGAAACUCAUUGUGGAAUGUGUCAUGAAUAGUGCCAAAUGUACUCGCGUCUACCAGAAAGCAUGAAGAUGCUGGCUUCUAUUUUGGAUGCGGAGCUUUAUGAUGGCCAGCUUAGUUUCAGGAACAAAGCUGAUAUACACUCCAUAUUUCUCAUCUGUAUUCCUUCUCCCUGCCCCCCAGGUUUUUUUUAAGCAUCUUGGAAGAAUCUGUACUGUACACAAUUAAAUUUCAAGUCCUUGAUGUAACUACUGAGAGCUAUUAAAUUUGAAAAUUUCAUGA